UGCGCUUCAGUUGUUUGAAUUGACAGUUGAGAGUGAAAAUAUUUCGUGCAGUAAACAAAAUGUCCGAAGCUCAUUUCGACGAAUAUGAACACUACAAUUUCUUGUACGACAAGCACAUCUACAGCGGCCAUAGCGGCAAACAAAGAUCCAAGAAGGAGGUCAGUGAACACACGAACCACUUCGACCCCAAUGGACAUUCCAGAAAGAUCGUCACGAAGAUGAUGAACACGGAACAGAAUAGACGGGCGAAGCAUUGAUCUCGAGUUCCUAUCUGUGAUUUCCCUCGAUAUCCAAAGACGUUCAGUGGCGAGUUUUGAGGAUUUUGUGAUUUCGUUUAACACCUCUAGAGACAGCGAUUGUUUUCAUGAUAUUGUGUUGGUAGAAAUGGUGUUGAAGUCGAUGAUGUAUUAAAUUAUUGUUAAUUUUUGUAGUAUUGUAUUUUUUCAAUAAAUACUGUACACCUGA